CCAGCGACAUCAGGAGCGUCCCGGCCGCAGUUCCGCCCCUGCCAAAUGCUGGAGGCGUGCGAGGGGGCCGCCCCUCCUACGCGGCCAAGCAGGGGGGCGCCGACUUCAUGUUCGACUACGGGCUCGCCUUCAGCUUGCGGCCUGCCGGAGCAUUUGCUCGGGGCGGAUUUGGCUCGACGUGCAUCGGCCGCACCUGUGGAGGAAAGGGGGCGGUCUACGCCCGGGGGAGCGAACCCUUCAUCUGGGAGAGGAAACGAAACCGGGGUGGGGCACUCAUCUGCCGAGGUGGAGGAGGGCAUUUACUGUGCUUGCGGUGCGUGGAGGCCGAGUACAAAGCUGGGCGCCCCUUUGUUUCGAGCGCGACCGGGGGCCCUGUCCCCCAGCAGGAGCUGUUCACCAAGUACGAAGUGUUCCCCAAGACAAAAGAGCUUCGAGAGGUACAGUCAAGGGAGGUGGCAAGCGAGGGCGGCUACCAGUUCUUCGUCCAGAGGAGGGACCUUGCCGCAUGCCCAUACUGCCGCGAAUCUAGAACGGCUGCUCCAUUGAAGCGGGGGGUGAAGAGAACGCUCGAGGAGGGGGCGAGUCCACGGGAGCUCGGCAUGGCGGCCCUCCUCUCGGAGCUUACACGAAGCAAGAUUCCACCAAUUGCGGUUGCUCCCGGCCUCUUUCUUGUGCCCCUGCUCGACGUCUCCAGCGGCCGCCUCCUGGAAGUCUCUGCAACCGAACGGGGCCUCAUUAAUGUCCCUCGACUCGUCAAGGUCGACCACACGGGCAACUUUCAAUGCCUCUGUGGUCAAAAGGCGUGCCGUGACCACGACACGAGGUUCCUGGAGGGGACCCGUUCUAUAGGCGGCUGGUGGCAGGGCGGGGAGGCCAUCUUCACAACCUUUGACGGAAGCCGUCCGUUCGUUCGAGAGGUCACAAGCGGCGUGCCUUGGGUGUUGCCCUGGGAACAAGGGGGGUGCGUGGGGGGCGCCCUCCGUGGGGUAGAUGCAGAGGCGUGGAAGGGCGGGCCACAGCUUCGAGUGUUUGUCGUGAGCGAUCCUGGAGAGGAGCCCGUGGUUUGCGUGCUCGGAGGAGAGACUGCGCAAUGCAGCAAUGUCAACUGCGCGGGGCCGGAGCGGUGCGGGCACCUUUUGAGUGUGCUCUCGAAGCAAGCCUUGCCUCUGAUCGAACGUGCAAUUGAUGGAGGUAGGAGCGAGGCGACUCGGGUCCUCGCUGAGAGACGCACCGAGAGGGUCGCGUAG